AUGCUCCGUGCUGCACAGGCUGACUCGGACUGCUCCGCUGCCAUGUCUCCGGAACGGGCACAGGUCGAUGUCUACCGAUCAGACUUUGUCGCCUUUAACUCUUCCCUUCGCAUCGAACCGCCCUGGGCAAAGCAACGCCGUCCCUGGAGCCGCCGCCGCUCCCGUCACCACCGCCCGGUCCCCUCCGACUCGUCCGACUCAAAUCCGUUCUACGUCGAUCCGUCGAGCUCAAGCUCAGGCGAGGACCUCGCCCGCAAGACCCGCGCCUUGGAGACCCGAAUGGCCGCCGCCGAUGCCGACGCUGCAGAGUUGCGUGAGGCUGCCCGGCUCGAGCGCAUCUUUGCUGCCGCGCAGGCUCGGCUCAUGUACCACAACGCUGAGCUGUGGCAUACCAAGCCCUCGCGCGCCUAUGCUUCGGGCUCAUCAUCCGGUGCGUCGUCUGCAAGCUCAUCGGACUCGUCGCGCGCCCGCCGGUCUGUUACCCACGCAGGCCUCCGCCCUCGCUACGGCUACCACCGCUUCGCCUCGCUCUUCCGCGACGACGGCUCGGGCGCCCUCCGCACUCGAGCCCUCAACCGCGCCUCGUAUCACUACUCGCGCUCAGUCCGCUUGCCGCUGCCAAGCAGGGCCAUUUCCGAGCCAGCCCGGCAGCGCGGCUGGAAGGACUGGAUCCUCGACUGGCCUCGCAGCGUCUCCCGCCGUGAUCAUCCGUCACUCCCGCCGCCCUGGCCGCACAUCUACCUCCGUCCGCACGACGAGCCGCACUGCCCGCGCUGCAGCUUUUGGGCCGCCUACCGGGUUGACGCCCACGGCCGUGCCUAUCAGACCGCCAGGCCGCGCAAAGAGCUGGAUGACGAGCUCGACGCCUGGCGCUGCGCCCACUGCGGCAUCGUCUACGACGGGCCGCCGCCCGGCAUUCGCGACGCUCUCGAGUCUGGCAUCCCUGCACCGCGGACGAGGUCCCCGCCGCCAGUCGAUGUCAUUGUCGUCGAUCGCUCACGCGCCUCACGCCGCUCACGCGUCUCGCGUCGCCCCCGUCGCUCGUCCCGCCCUCGCCGCUCACACCGCUCACAUCGCUCGCGCCGCUCGCGCCGCGCGCACCGCUCGCGUCACCGCCGUUAA